AUGGGGUUCGAAAAUAAAUUAUCAACAACAUCCUCUAUUGUCACAGCAACAUCUUCGACUCUUUCUCCAAGUCACUCAACUUCGAAUCGAAAAUCACACAAUUCCACAAAACAGUUUCUUACAAAAAGUUUCAAAUUCUUAGAAAUCCCCUUAGAUGAAAGAGAAACAUUAAGUUUCUUAAAGAACCCCGAUAUCCAGCCAAUUAAAUCCGAAUAUCAAACUUGGGGGUUUUGGUCAAACUUCGCUUAUUGGGGGGUCUUAUCAUUCUCAGUGGGGACUUGGUUAAGUGCCUCUUCAGGUCUUUCGGCAGGUCUCUCAUACCCAGAAACUAUUGGUAGUUUCAUUGUUGGUGAUGUCGUUACAAUCAUGUUUACUUUAGCAAACUCAUAUCCAGGUUACGAUUGGAAAAUUGGAUUUACUUUAUCUCAAAGAUUCGUUUUUGGGAUCUCUGGUUCUGUCUUUGGUAUCUUAUUGCGUGUCCUUAUGAGUAUUGUCAAUUACGGUUCAAGUGCUUGGGUUGGAGGCCUUUGUAUUAAUAUGAUUCUAGAUUCUUGGUCUCAUCACUAUUUACACUUACCAAAUACUUUGUCAAAGCAUGUUCAUAUGACCACCAAAGAAUUGAUCGGGUUCAUUUUAUUUCAAGUAAUUUGUUGUAUCGGUUACUUAUUUAAACCACACCAAAUUAAUAUCAUGUUGAUCUGCUCUUGUAUUGCAACAUGUUUCUCAAUGAUGGGGAUGGUUAUUUAUCUGUGCUCAAAAGCUCAUGGAGUUGGUGAUUUAUUCAAAUCGACACACGCUACUGCAACAGGCUCAGACAGGGCUUGGGCCUGGGUUUAUAUGAUUUCUUAUUGGUUUGGUUCAGUAUCUCCAGGAUCUGUUAACCAAAGCGAUUACUCAAGGUUUGCUUCGUCGCAGCCUGCUAUUUGGUGGGGGACAAUUUUUGCUCUUUUGAUUCCAACCACGCUUGUACCUGUCUUUGGUAUCAUUGGUGCCUCCACUUCAGAGAAAUUAUAUGGUGAACAAUUCUGGAUGCCAAUGGAUAUCUUUAAUUAUUGGUUAACAGAAAAUUAUUCAGCUGGUGCAAGAGCUGCUUCUUUCUUUUGUGGAGUUUCUUUUGCAAUGUCCCAGGUCGGAUAUAUUUUAGAAAAUGCAGGGUUUGCCAGUGGUGUGGAUUUGGCUGGUCUAUUACCAAAAUAUAUCAAUAUAAAAAGAGGUGCCUUACUAACAGCAGCUCUUUCGUUUGCUGUUCAACCUUGGAAUUUUUAUAAUUCUUCUUCAACUUUCUUAACCGUAACUUCUGCCUUUGGUGUUAUAAUGACCCCAAUGAUUUCAAUAAUGAUUUGUGACAAUUUCUUAAUUAGAAAAAGAAAUUACUCAGUAGCACAAGCUUUUAUAUACGAUGGUGAAUAUAAAUAUACAAAAGGUUUCAAUUGGAAGGCCUAUGUUGCUUUGGCUUGUGGUAUGACUCCAGGGUUUCCAGGUAUUGCUUGGCAGGUGAAUAAUAAUUAUUUCCGUAAUAAAGGAAUUGUUAACUUCUAUUAUGGUGAUUCAUUUUUUUCAUUUUUAAUAUCUUUCUUCCUUUAUUGGAUUUUAUGCCUGAUAUGGCCUACUAAAAUAGAAAUAAAACAUGACGAUGCUGAUUAUUACGGCGCUUUUACCGAUGAAAUGGCUAUGAAGAAAGGCAUGAUCCCUUACAGUCAAUUAACUGAAGAUGAGGUCUUAAAACACAUGAAACAUGACGGCAAAUCGAUGCUUUCAGAAUCCACUUUUAAUGAUGAAGAAGAUAUAAUUAGUAAAUUGGAUGCAAAUGUCAAAACAAAGACUUUAGAUAAUGAUGACGUGAGCGAAAGUAUCGGCACAUCUUCAGAUAUGCAUGCUCACAUGCAUGCUGGGCAUACAUUGAAGUAG